CCCCUCUGUCGUCACUUCCUGUGGGUCUGCAGGCAGAGGGAGAAGAUGGCGGCCCUGGGGGAACCCGUGCGACUGGAGAGGGAUAUUUGUAGAGCAAUUGAAUUGUUGGAAAAACUGCAAAGAAGUGGAGAGGUACCACCACAGAAACUUCAGGCUCUACAAAGAGUCCUUCAGAGUGAAUUCUGCAAUGCUGUAAGAGAGGUAUAUGAACAUGUUUAUGAGACUGUGGACAUCAGUAGCAGUCCUGAAGUGAGAGCUAAUGCAACUGCAAAGGCUACCGUUGCUGCAUUUGCUGCCAGCGAAGGGCAUUCUCAUCCUCGAGUUGUUGAGCUACCAAAAACAGAAGAAGGCCUUGGAUUCAAUAUUAUGGGAGGCAAAGAACAGAACUCUCCAAUCUACAUCUCUCGAAUAAUUCCAGGUGGAAUUGCUGAUAGACAUGGGGGCCUCAAGCGAGGAGAUCAGCUCCUUUCUGUUAAUGGAGUGAGUGUUGAAGGAGAGCAUCACGAAAAAGCUGUAGAACUGCUGAAAGCAGCGCAAGGAAAGGUUAAAUUAGUAGUGCGGUACACACCCAAGGUCCUGGAAGAAAUGGAGUCACGCUUUGAGAAAAUGCGAUCAGCAAAACGCAGGCAACAGACCUAAUGCAGUUAAAACCUUUAUAUUCCAUUUUGCUUUUAGCUAGAAAGUUUUACUUGUGACCUAAUGAUGGCCACAUUGCCAGUGAUUGUAAAAACAACAACAAACUUCCCGUGAAAUCCUCCUUGCCAUUUUAUAAAUACCUAUUUUAACAUCAUUUAUGGUUCCAGAGAUGCAUACACUUUUUUCUGACAAGAAAAAGUAAAAAGGUAAUGAGGGCAGUUCUGUCCUGCUGUUUUUACAGGCCUUUUUCAACAAAUGCAGAUUUUGUCAUAAAGUUGUUAUAGAUUUUUAAAAAUGCUUUUUUAAUAUUAAAAUGUACUUUUACAUUCUUAAAUCUUUUUUUAGGGAAAAAGGUUUUCUUUAUUUGCUUAUUUAAAAAGAACAGUUCUCCAUUCUUUUUUUUUCUUUAACCUGCAACAUUUCUUUAUGCUUUUCCAAGAAAUUACACAUAAUAGUCUCAGCAGUUCAUUACACUAUGAAUUCAUGGUUAAUAUCACUGCUGCGUUUUGUAUUUGAAACACACACAUAAUAUAAUCAAUGGUAAAUUAUAACUCAGCACAGUGGAAGUUUUUUACUUUUAUUUAAACAUAAUAUAUAAUGAAUACUUGUUUGUACUGAUUUAUAAAAGUUUUUAAACACUGAUACAAUCAUUGCUAAAAUAUGUAUUCUUUCAUAAUAUUUGAGCAGCGAGGCAAGAGAAUGUAAUUUGAUUGUUUGCAUUACUGAUUACAUCUUUCUGUUUAUAUUCAACUAUAUCAUAUAUUACAAAUGCAAAAAAGUUUUAGGUUUCUUUUGCAAAUUUUUUUAAUGCUAUUCAUUGUUAUUUAAAUAUAUCUUAUUUUUCAUCCUUCCAUUCCUAGAGAUGAGCCAGUUAGUUUGUGAUGGGAUAUAGCAAAGGAGAAAAAAUAAUACUUGUAACCUCACCAGCCUCAAGAGUUAUAGCUCAAUUUAAAGAAUUGAUACUAAGUAAGAAAAAGAUAUGUUUAAGAUAUAUAGAAAUUAUAAUGUGAUGCAUUUCAUAAGAAUCUGCAUACACUUUGUCAAAAUGAGUAAGAACUCAUUCACAUUAAAGUUCUUGGAUUUAGAGUCGUGAUUCUUAUGAUUCAAAUAUAAUGAUGAGAAUUCUGAGAUACUUUGAUUUGUCCACUGGAUGUCACUGUUUUACUGAAAGGCAGCUAUUAGUGGAUGACUGUGACUGAGGUCUUUUUAACGGCAGAAAUUGAGUUAAGGUUCAUAUUUAGACAUAACUUACAGGAACACUUGUCUGGCUUUUGCAAAUUUUAAGUGACAAGUGCUAGAAAGAAAAUAAUGAAUUGAAAUAUAUAAGGACUUUAGAAUAAUUAUCAACGCUGUGUAAAGAGUGGGCAUUUUGUGACAUUCCUUUAGGAAGAAUAGAAAUGUGUAUCUUUUUCUGCAUGUUUGUGAGCACUGUGAGUCUUAAAAAGAUUAUUACAGUUUUCAGUGAUUUCAGAAUAAAAGUCAGUCAGCAUUGUUAUUUAUCUUUUAGGUAUUGAACACUGGAUUGCAUGGUUGAAUGUGUUUUUAGUCCACUACAAAACGUGCUUGUUAUUGAUAGGAUCAUGUUGUUGAAUUGUAUAUUUCCAAAAUUAAUUGAUGUUUUUAAAAUGUUGAGACCAAAGUAGGGUAGAAGAAUUAUGGACUUAAUUUAAAUGUAAAAUUAUUAGAGGUAUUUGUUGUAGAGCUUUAUAUAUUAAAGAGAGGUAUUGGUGCAUAUAAAAACAGUAAUAUUAUUGUUGUGCUUGUAUUCUUGCAUUACAGGGUAAAUAAACCCUGAAGAAAUCUUAUUUUAGUAUUGCUGCAGCUGCAGUAGCUUUUAAGGGUGUGUCAACAUUUCAUUAUAAAUUACAGCUUCCUGGUUCAGUAUCUCAGCUGUUUCAGAACUUUCAGCCAAGUUAAAUCUUUUUUGGUGUUGAAACUUAGUAAGUUGAGUAAGCUAUUUUUUGUUUCUUCUACAGUAAUCCACAAUCUGUUCUUUGUGUGGGCUGGCACUUAUUUAUAAUUUUUAAAAUAUGGAUAGCUUAAAAGAGCCAAAUACAGUAGUUUUGCUUGCUCCUGUUGAGCAUGAGUAGCAGUAGUUUAUUUUCUUUAAUGCAGUUUUCAUAGUGUAUCCAAGAAUUUCAAAUCAUGACCAUAGAAAAAUGCAGUCAUUCAGUGGCAAAGAUGUAUGAUAGUGAUUUAGUAUAGUGAGGAAAUGAGGGGAGUUUUCAUCUUAUAAAUGUAUGGUUUAUGAACAUAAUUAAGACAUAGUAAAUAAUAGGUAUUUGAUUUGUAAAUUAUAAAUAUAAGUUAUCUUCCCUCUCCAGUUUCCACUUGUUUUGGUAUUUCAAAAUGAGUUGACUCAUUGAUUCUCAACCUUAGCUGCAUAUUAGAACACCCUGCAGGCCUUCAAAAAAAAUACUGACACUUGAGUCCUACCCCAUACCAACUAAAUUGCCGUCUCUGAGGUGGGGCCAGAUGCUUAUUUUUUUGAAGCUUUCCAACUGGUUCUAAAGGACACCUAGGGUUGAGGACCACUUGUUUCCCCCUUUAUGACAUGCUCUAAUUACACUGGACUCUGUUUGGAAACAUCAGAAUAAUUAAGUUUACAGCUACUAUUAAAUAGCUACAAACGUAAGGGUCAGUUAUAUUUCUUAGUAAUCUCUUUGGGAAUAAAGGUACUUGGCAUUGGGGAAGUAACUACCACUUAACUUUUUUUUUUAAAUAAAAUCUACCAGUAGCUUAAAUGUAAGUUUUUAAUGUCUGUCACCUUUCUGCCCUCUUUGCCUUUAAAACUUUCAAAAAUGUCUAUUAUUUGAGAAAGCAUGUUUAAAAAUUGCAGAUGAUAUUUUAUAAUAUUUUCAUUGAUAAUUACGAAUUGUCUUAAUAUAGCCAUUUUAUCCAUUAAUAUAAUACUAGGUUGUAGUGGCCUCAUUCUUUGGGGUUUGAUAAUUCAGAUGGUUGGUUUUUUUUUAAUCAUUGUCUUCCUGUUCUAAAUUUUUGAAAGUUACUUUGCUCAAGUACUUAAAUAGUUUGGCUCAAGUACUUUGUUUACAAUAUAAGUGGAUAUUAUAGCAUUUAAUAGAAGAAAUGGCUAUGGCUUAUCUGAAAAGAAUGUCAGCAUGACUUGGUGUAGACUUACAAGACUAUGUGUUGUGAAUAUUUUAUUAUGUGGAAUGAGCAUUGAAAUAUCAAGGACUCUAGUAAUUGUAUUUCCUGAAUAAAUGUAUGUUUAUGAAUUUUCUAACUUA